UAUUGAGAACAAAUUGAAAGUUUAUUGAAAUCUCCUUCAGAAUCAUGGUUUAAUUAAUCUUUGGAACAGUUUUUUGAUUUCGGCAUGGAAGGUUAAUAAAAUUAUGCAAUAUGCCCAAAACUAUCGAACUCACCGUUGAAAUUGUUGUGCAGAGAGUUUCCUGUCCAGGCGUGUGGCUAUGUCAAGAUGGCAGUGUGUCGCUCGUCGUGGCUGCUCUUGGCACAAACUAUGAAACCUGUACUCUACCACCCACCUUUCCCCUUGACUUCAAGGACAGAUUGUACUUCCGGAAGAGGUUUCAAGAGACAUGUGCACUGAGUAACAUGUGUUGUUUAUUGAAAGAUGAAACCUUAUACUGUGAGCUGGUGCAAUGGUGUCAGAACUGUAAUUCUGGUGAAUGCAAUAUCCUUGCCCAGUACCUCGGCUCCCUAAGUGAUGUUCUGUUCCCACCGAAGAUGUGUUGCAGUGACGGAGUGGACUUGCUUAUGAGGAGGUCUAAGAAGUAUCCUGGUAUUCUCUCGCCAAAGAUCGAGAUAGCUACAAAAGUCCGCAUAGAUGAAGUUUGGGACAACAAUACCGAGCAUUUAAAUGUGAACCUUCAGACCAUGAAAAAUAUUGCCGAUUGCAACUGUAUACCUCGUGCAGGGCCAAGGCACUCUAGACAGAAGACCGUCUGCCACACUCCAGAGUACCACAGAAACAAAUGUCAUACUAGCAUACCGGGCGCGAAGUGCCGGACGAGGUCGAGAUCGCGGUCCGGGGGCUCCGGUAGCAGUGUCAGCCGCAGCCAAGACAAAUUCCGCUGUGCAUAUUCUGAUCCCGCAUGCAAGCGGCCGGCGUCCGCGCAGGUUCCGCGGCGAGACUAUUGCGUGUUCAACGUGAACGUAGCCCCGGACGACAGCUGGAACAGUGCUGCGGGCAACUAUGAUGCUGAUGUUGAAAGGAGUAAGCCACGCGCGGCUAAUAGCGAAGACAAAAAAGUAGUACUUGAGAGCCGAUACGUAGAUGUGGAUGAGAGACACACUCGCGAGUACGAAGACAUACAAACUAUAAGCCAUACAAACGCAUAUGAUGAAAGCAAACCUUGCGUCUGCGAAAUCUGUAAACGAUAUCAUGAAUUAUUUCACGCGGACUCAGAUAUACACGUUUCGUUAUAACCAAAAAUAAGUUGUAUACACAUUAUCAUAAGAUACAAAAUGUAUUUGCCCCAUUAAGUACCUGUUACAAUAUUUAAUAUUGUUCGUAAAACUGCCUGUAUUUAUUUAAGAUUGAAAUUUUAUUGUUGUAUUGUUUUUUACGAAUUUUAUGUAAGUACGAAUCAUGAAAUAAAACGAAACACACAUCAUUUACAUUUAUUUUUAUUAUGCCGAAAGUAAGGUAACUUAACAAUUAUUAAAUAAUUAUCUAAUUGA